UGCCAACGGGACUCGCGUUGAGUCUCCGACUCUGACGGAGCCUUUUUUGGCAUCCAACUCCAUAUAAGGGUAUUAAAGUCAUUCCACUUCCCCUCACUCACACUCUUAUAUAUCACCGCUCAUUCUCCCCUCCAAAAAACAUAACCCCUACUCCUCACACAGACACGCCACCACCAAAAUGGCCUCCAAAGCCGACCACCUUCCCCCCGCCGCCGCCCCCCAUCACCACAGCGACCCCGAGAAACUCAACGGCCAUACCCCAAACCACGACCGGUGCUCGGUCGAAGAGGUCGCUUUAGUGGUACCGGAAACCGACGACCCUUCCCUCCCCGUCAUGACCUUCCGGUCGUGGUUCCUCGGCCUGGCCUCCUGCACAAUCCUCAUAUUCCUCAACACCUUCUUCAUUUACCGGACCCAGCCCCUCACCAUCUCCGCCAUCCUCAUGCAAAUCGCGGCCCUGCCCGCGGGCAAGUUCAUGGCGGCGACCCUGCCCGACAGAAAGUUCGGGUUCAUGGGCCGGACCUUCAGCCUGAACCCGGGUCCGUUCAACAUGAAGGAGCACGUGAUCGUCACCGUGAUCGCGAAUUGUGGGGUUUCUUUCGGUGGGGGUGAUGCGUACUCGAUUGGGGCCAUCACGGUUAUGAAGGCCUAUUAUAAGCAGAGCUUGAACUUCUUGUGUGCGCUUCUUCUUGUUCUGACCACACAGAUAGUGGGAUAUGGAUGGGCUGGAAUGUUGAGGAGAUACCUGGUAGAUCCUGUUGAAAUGUGGUGGCCGUCAAAUGUUGCUCAGGUUUCUCUUUUUAGAGCCCUCCAUGAAAAGGAUAUAAAAACACAAGGCAUGACCAGGAUGCGGUUUUUCCUUGUUUUCUUUGCUGCAAGCUUUGCCUAUUACGCUUUUCCAGGCUAUUUAUUCCCAAUCUUGACAUUCUUCUCGUGGGUUUGCUGGGCGUGGCCUCAUAGUAUAACAGCUCAGCAAGUUGGUUCUGGUUACCAUGGACUUGGGGUCGGUGCCUUCACCCUUGAUUGGGCUGGGAUUUCUGCCUAUCACGGCAGCCCAUUGGUGACACCUUGGUUUUCCAUUCUCAAUAUAGGAGUUGGCUUUAUCAUGUUUGUAUACAUAAUUGUGCCUCUGUGUUACUGGAAGUUCAAUACAUUUGAUGCCCAGAGAUUCCCCCUAUUUUCUAGUCAGCUGUUCACGUCUAGUGGGCACAAAUACGAUACCACCAAGAUCUUGACUCCACAGUACGACCUCAAUAUUCCCGCUUAUGAGAGUUAUGGGAAGCUCUAUCUUAGCCCUCUGUUUGCCCUUUCAAUUGGAUCAGGAUUUGCAAGAUUUUCAGCAACGCUUGUUCAUGUGGCCUUGUUUCACGGCAGUGAUAUCUGGAAACAAAGCAAGUCGGCAGUGAAGAACGUCAAAUUGGACAUCCAUGCAAAACUCAUGAAGACUUAUAAAGAAGUACCACAAUGGUGGUAUCUCAUCUUAUUGAUAGGAAGUAUUGCCCUAUCUCUGCUAAUGUCCUUUGUGUGGAAGGAAGAUGUGCAGCUGCCAUGGUGGGGAAUGCUCUUCGCCUUUGCCUUGGCUUUUAUUGUUACCCUUCCCAUAGGAGUUAUUCAAGCUACAACCAACCAGCAACCUGGGUAUGAUAUCAUUGCCCAGUUCAUCUUUGGGUAUAUCCUGCCAGGGAAACCCAUUGCAAACUUGAUUUUCAAGAUUUACGGGCGAAUUAGCACCAUUCAUGCUCUAUCUUUCCUAUCUGAUCUUAAGCUUGGUCACUACAUGAAAAUCCCGCCACGUAGCAUGUACAUGGCUCAGCUGGUGGGAACGCUUGUUGCUGGUACAGUAAACCUUGCAGUUUCAUGGUGGAUGUUGGGGAACAUCGAAAACAUCUGUGAUAUUGAAUCUCAACAUCCAGAUAGCCCAUGGACAUGCCCUAAGUUCCGAGUCACCUUUGACGCCUCAGUAAUAUGGGGCCUAAUUGGGCCAGCCCGCCUGUUUGGACCUGGAGGGUUGUACAGGAACUUGGUAUGGUUAUUCCUCAUCGGAGCUGUUUUACCAGUACCUGUUUGGAUACUCAGCAAAAUCUUCCCUGAGAAGAAAUGGAUUCCCUUGAUUAACAUACCCGUUAUAUCAUACGGAUUUGCCGGAAUGCCGCCGGCGACUCCGACCAAUAUCGCUAGUUGGCUCAUCACUGGAACGAUCUUCAACUAUUUUGUGUUCAAGUACCGAAAGGGGUGGUGGCAGAAAUAUAACUAUGUUCUGUCUGCAGCAUUGGAUGCUGGCACAGCUUUCAUGGGGGUUCUGUUGUUCUUUGCUCUGCAGAAUGAAGGCCGGAAUUUGAAGUGGUGGGGGACUGAGCUAGACCAUUGUCCUCUAGCCACGUGCCCAAUUGCACCUGGGAUUGUGGUUGAAGGGUGUCCAGUUUUCAAGUAGCAACUUUGUGAACUAGCCAUGCAACUUAAAUGUUGGGUGUUUGAAGAUUCAUGGUCAAGUAAGAAAAUGCAUUCCUUAACAGAAUAGUUGCAGUUUAGAAAUUAAAGAAUUGAAAUCGUAGAGCUGGUUACAGAGAAUCUGCCAUAAUUCGAAUAACAAGUUGCUGUUCACUAGCGUUAUUGUAAAUGCAUCCUUAUUGGAUGUGGAGAUUGUUUUCCCAUCAUGAUUCGUCCUGGAAUUUUGUUGUGCUAGUGAGACACCUAUGACUACUAAAAUGUUUAUAUGCUGCAUCUGCCAGAAAUUUUGGAUGUUUUGAUUU